AUGGAAGGCUCCUCAGGCACGUCCCCGACUCUGCAGGCUGCCGGUCCGUUUCCAGAACAUGCCUCCGGUCGCGAGCAAGAAGAGAGCACCUACAGACCCUACGCCUCAAAGACGUACUGGGAGCGUCGGUUUGAGAAAACGGAGCGCCUUUUUGAGUGGUACGCGGGUUGGGAGCAAUUGGCGUGGGUCAUUUUUAAUGCGGUGCGGCUGCUCAAAGAGCAACGCCGCCCUCAGAGAAGCCGUGCCGUAGAUCUGGAAAAGUGCGGCGGGUUCGAUGAAGACUUCCCCUCUUCUCAAAGGCGAAACGUGGGCUCGAAUCCUCGGCACAGCGCGGAGACGCCCUGUGGCGAGGCUUCGAGCACCGCGAAACGCGGGCGAGAAGCCAGAGACGCAGGCACGCCUCGUGGCGACGUUUCCGGAACCUGCAAAUGUACAGCUCCGAAAGGACGCAAAGAACGACCGGCCCAGGUCGCGGAAGGCGAGGAACCGCUCUCCGAAUCGGAGGAACGUGACGGGAGACUGCAGUCUGGGAACCCUCGGGUGGCGAACCUGACGCAACACAGUCCCUCCGAAGCCUUUUGCUGGCGACCACCUCUCACCGUGAUGCUUGGGUGCGGAACGUCGCGCCUGGCGCUGGACCUCGAAGACCACGGUUUCCCUUUCGUUCUCAACGUCGACUUCUGCAGAAAGCCUCUUGCGCAGCUCCGAAGCUGGGCGCGUGGCGACGCCCGAGAGAGGCGCGACGGAAACGGGCCGUCCCCCGAGUCCUCGGCCCCCUGGCGUCCGUCGGAGGACAGUCCAAGCGCGCGGUUGCCUUUCGGCAGGCAAGGGUUCUCCGCAGAGCAACUCGACUCCCCGGUGUUUAAGUCGGCAUCGGCCCAGAGAACUAGCGCAGCAGGCGAGUCACCUUCCGCGCUCCUGCGCACCGAGGCCCGCGGCGAGGCGAGGAAAGACAGCGAAAGAGGCCAGCUCUGGUUGGAAGCAGACGCGGCGGCCUUGCCUCUGCGGACUGGGUCAGCCGAUCUCGUCAUCGACAAAGGGCUCCUCGAUGCAGUGGCAAGCGGAGAUGGAGAGACAAGCUCAGGCGGCGAAACGGCGUUGCGAGUGCUUUCCGUUUUGAAGGAAACUGGCCGAGUCCUGGACUCCAACGGAUGCUUUCUGCUGGUCACGCACUCUCCAUCUACGGCCCUCGAGCCUGCUGAUGCGUCGCCUUGUUCCGACGCGGCCUCUCGCUUUUGCGCACUGUGUUCGAUGUAUGAGGUCGGGAACGCGGCCCCAGGAUCCGCAUUCCCCGGCGAGGAAGAAGACCAACGAGAUCUGCGCUCGGCCGCAGCCUCUGGAGGCAGGAGCGUGACAGCCGACGAGGGAGUCGCCGACGCGGAGAGGAACGGCCGGCAGCCGAGGCAACGGCGUGUACAGGCCAUGCGUGAAACGGCGGGAGAACGCCACGCAAAGAAGCGUCGUUUCUCGCGUAACACGCAGUGUCUGUGCGGGCAUCACUGGGAAAUCCUGCGGGAAGACCCCGUAGCACUCAGUCCCACGGUCGCGGUGGCGAACCUUGUGAACGUCGCGCUUUCUGGCCACCGCAGGAACGCCAGGAGCGCCCAGAACUCGGAGACGGGGCCGGGGAACAAAGCGACGCAAUUGCCGCGGCGCGCCGUAGAACAGGAAGAGUGGAGCGAAUCAGGGGACAGCGAGGCGGAGGACCGACAGAAGAGAACUGCUGCCAUCCGCGUAGGUCUCAAGGCGAACCCUUUGCAGUAG